AUGAAAAAUUUUUCUUCUUGCUCCUUCCAGAGAAGAGACCACUUUGCAAUCGGAUUAAGAGACGGAUUUCUGGAGUUCAGGUAAUUAUUUUAGGACUCUUGACGGCCCAACAACUGGUCUCUUUCUAAACUUUGGUAUUCUUUGCUUUCAGAGUAAAAACACCCAUACAUGUACGUGACCACCAAAAAUGCCAAAAGUUAGGGGUGGCUAAUGGGAGCUCGUCGCAUACGAGACUCUGACGCAUCUGAAUGUCGCUAAAAUGGCCUCUGAAAUAUGUAAUGCAUGCGCACUAAAAAACAUAGACAAUAUACACGUAUUAAAAGAGUAUAUUUCGCCACAUAAAUGUACUGAUGGAUCACAUAACCCACUUAACAUCCGGGGGCGAUAAAAUAAUAGGGAGUUUAAGCAAAAGCAUUUUUGAGUGACGCACGUCAACCGAGGCUAAAAAAUUGUAUUGCUUUGCGUCUUUGCGUCUUUUUUCUCAAAUUGAUGAUUUUGCGGAGAAUUUGGGCAAAAACACUGCUUCAACGUAGUUAACUAUGAAAUUGAGUGAAGCACAUCCUCGGUUAAAUUUGUUACACAUUAAUCCUUGAUCACUGAUCUACAUAAAAAAAAAUAAGGGAACGGGCCCCCGGGCCCCUCCCGGGAUCCGCUACUGCAAAUAACCAGGAACUAAAUUUAUCGGUCCCUACCCUGAGAAUACUUUAAAAUCAUGUUAGCAAAUCAGUUACGUCUUUCUUAGAUUUGAACUCGGCUCUGGGCCCGCUGUACUACAAUCUCUGUCUCCAGUCAACGACAGCCAAUGGCACUCCAUCAAGGUUUACAGGUAACAAACUUUUUCAGCUACAAUCUUGAAAUAAUAGUUCCUAGAUCUCCGUAUUCUAGAUGCGUUACAUUUGAGGAACAAGGAAGGGCCCGAGAACAAACCCCCCGACUGUCAACCAUGAAAAAAAAUUUAAUCAAUUAUUGAUUUCGGCUUCUAUAUAAUAUGAAGCAGCACUGACUGCGUGAUGUCAUCCCUCCGAUAUUUUAAUUAUUAGACUAGUGACGUUUGUCGUUUUAAUUUUGUAGGAGUUUCAGUGACGGUUCCCUUAAAGUUGAUAAUCAUGAUCAUGUAAAUGGCACCUCGGCUGAGGGAAGCAAAGGGCUGAAUAUUAACCAAGGUCAUAGCAUAUUUAUAGGUAAGUGCAUUGUAUAUCCUUAUCUUAUCCGUCAUCCCUACGAUCAGAAUGGGCAGUCCGAAAUAUCUGGAUUUCAUAUAUUUGAACUGCGGGAAGAAGAAACAAAUGCAGACAAGAUCAUCAAUACACAACUCAGUUGUAAAAAGAAAGCCUGAAUGCCCGUAUUCGACCCCUGACCUCUGCGAUACCGGUGCAGUGCUCUUACCUAUUAAGCUAGCAAGCAGACUGGGUGUGGAUGGUCCGUUAGUAUUAUCUAAAAGUCUACCUCCUUUAUCAGUGUUCAGGAUGUUUAAUAAUGUAGAAGAUUUUUUUUUCAUAUGAACAGGAGAUAAUUCGAACUAUAGCCUAUAUUAUCUUAAUCUUUUUUCCUCUUAUUUCCAAUAGGAGGGGGUGAAAAUAUCGCAAAAAUGACACAUGGGAAGUUUAAUACUGGUUUUAGGGGUUGUAUAAAGAAUACAUUUUUCAAGGACAGAGGCAUGGACCUCCAGGGUGACGCUAUUCGCGGCUGGAAUGUCCUACCGUGCGACAGCGAUGAGGCAGAGCCAUGA